CUCCUGGCAACAAUUCUUGUCGACGUGGGAAGGGAGGGAUACAGACACAAAAACACACACGGACGUCUUUGGGUUUUUGGCUGUUGUUAGGGGCUUGUUUGACAGAUGUCCGCGACAUGUCAGGUGUAUAUAUCGGAGAACUUCGUCACGUUUGAAACAUGUGGCUCAAACCGGAAGAAAUUCUGCUGAAAAACGCGUUUAAACUGUGGGUCACCGAGAAGGAUAAUGAGUACUUCGUACUGCAGAGGAGACGGGGGUACGGCGAAGGUGGCGGCGGGUUGACAGGCCUUCUUGUGGGAACCCUUGAUACUGUGUUGGACUCCACAUCCAAAGUCGCUCCCUACCGCAUCCUACACUACACACCUGACUCACAGGUGUACUGGUCCAUAGCAUGUGGUGUCACCAGAGAGGAGAUUGUGCAGCACUGGGACUGGCUGCAGCAGAACAUCAUGAGGACGCUCUCCGUUUUCGACUCCACUGAAGACAUCACCAGCUUUGUCCAGGGGAAGAUUAGAGGCCUGAUUGCAGAAGAAGGGAAAACAUCUCUGGUGCUGGAGGACGAUCCGGAGAAAUUCCGAGAAGCACUUCUGAGGUUUGAGAAGUGGUUUGAGCUGCCCCCCCAGGAGAAGCUGGUCACGUAUUACUCAUGCAGCUACUGGAAAGGCAAAGUACCCUGCCAGGGCUGGCUCUACCUCAGCACCAACUUCUUGUGCUUCUACUCAUACCUUCUGGGAUCUGAAGUGAAGCUGGUCAUUUCCUGGGAUGAGAUCUGGAGGUUGGAGAAAACCUCUAACGUUAUUCUGACCGAGAGCAUCCACGUUCUGGCCCACGGAGAGGAUCACUACUUCUCCAUGCUGCUGCACCUCAACGAAACCUUCGUCAUCAUGGAGCAGCUGGCCGAYUACGCCAUCAAACGUCUUUUUGAUAAAGAGGCCUUCCAGAGAGAGCCAGCGCUCUCAGACCCCCUGCAAAUCACCAAGAGAGGCCUGGAGGCACACGCAAAAAGUCAGCAAUUCCGGACRUUUUUCAGGCUUCCCAAAGAGGACAACUUGUUAGAGGUGCAUGAGAGCUACUUGUGGGUGCCCUUCAGCCAUUUUAACACACUCGGCAAGAUCUGCCUGUCUGAGAACUACUUGUGUUUCGCCAGUCAAGAUGGAAGUCAGUGCCAUGUUGUCAUUCCAAUGCGAGAGGUCGUCAGUGUCGACAAGCCAGAUUCCAGCAGCAAGGCUUUAACGGUGUGUGUGCGUGGCAAGAGAGCGCUGCGUUUUUCUGAAGUGUGGGACUACCAGCGGCUCGCCAACACGAUCCGUAGCCGGUGUGGGAUCAGUGCCAGCCCACAGCACUCGAGUUCAUCAGAGGCCAUACGUGGAGAAUGCCAAUCGCUCAUAAAUCACUUCGAGGACAAUCCGGAGGACGUGACUCUCAUGGUGGGACAGAAAGACAGCAGUAAGGCUGUAAGCACCGAAGCCCUCAUGACUGUUUUCCACCCACAGGAUGUUGAAAAUCUUGACCCUAAAAUGCUUAAAGAGAAGAUGAAGGAGCAAUCUUGGAACAUCCAUUUUUCUGAAUACGGACGUGGGACGAGUAUGUUUUUCACCAAAAAGACAAGAGACUUGAUUGUUCGCGGUGUUCCUGAAUGUUUGAGGGGAGAGCUGUGGAUGCUGUUUUCAGGCGCCGUAAACGAGAUGGCCACUCACCCCGGUUAUUACACCGAGCUGGUGGAGCAGUCUCUGGGCACGAGCACUUUGGCCACAGAUGAGAUCGAAAGAGAUCUGCACCGUUCUCUGCCCGAGCACCCGGCGUUUCAGAGUGACACGGGAAUCUCAGCUCUGCGCAGAGUCCUUACUGCCUACGCCUACAGGAACCCCAAGAUUGGCUACUGCCAGGCCAUGAACAUUCUGACCUCGGUUCUCCUGCUGUACGCUAAAGAAGAGGAGGCUUUCUGGCUGUUGGUAGCUGUCUGUGAGAGGAUGCUGCCGGACUACUUUAACCGGAGAAUUAUCGGUGCUUUGGUUGACCAGGCCGUGUUCGAGGACCUGAUCAGAGAAAACCUCCCCCAGCUGGUGGAACACAUGACGGACCUGACGUUCUUCUCGUCUGUUUCCCUGUCCUGGUUUCUCACUCUGUUCAUCAGCGUUCUGCCCAUAGAGAGUGCCGUCAAUGUGGUGGACUGCUUCUUCUAUGACGGCAUCAAGGCUAUCCUGCAGCUCGGCCUCGCUGUGCUGGACUACAACAUGGAGGCUCUCAUCAGCUGCAACGAUGACGCAGAGGCUGUCACCAUCCUCAACAAGUUCUUCGACAGUGUGACAAAUAAAGACAGCCCGUUGCCUCCCACAGUGCAGCAAGCCUCAGUAGGAAAUAAUGAGAAAGCAUCCCACAUCAGUGUAGACAUCAGUGAACUGAUCCGAGAGGCGUACGAGAAAUAUGGACACAUCCGUACAGAGGACGUUGAGAGCUCACGGAAACGAAACAAACUGUUUGUGAUCCAGACUCUGGAGGACACGACGAAGCAAAAUGUUAUUCGAGUGGUGUCUCAAGAAGUCAGAUUAAAUGUCACGCAGCUUGAUGAGCUUUACAACCUGUUCAAAAGGCAGCACUUCCUCAGCUGCUACUGGACCAUGAGCAGUCCCGCUCUGCUCCACCAUGAUCCCAGUCUGGCCUAUUUGGAGCAGUACCAGUUAGGUUUCCAGCAGUUCAGUGUGCUCUUUUCCCUGCUUGAACCCUGGACCUUUUGCUCCUCCAAGAGCACGCUGUCCCUCUGGAUCUUCCGCCUAAUAGACGAGAACCAGGACGGUCUUAUCAACUUCAAAGAGUUUUGCUGUGCCCUCGAUACUUUGUACAGUGGAUCUUUCACAAAUAAGCUGAAAUUUCUCUUCAAGCUCCACCUGCCUCCAGCCUUCACAGGUAGUCCUCAGCACUUAAAGGAYCAAAGACUGCAGCACUUUAUUCCUCUGACUGAAGACUCCUCUCACUUGACCAGACUGUCUGCCUUUGACCUCCCAGAAGAUGGUGUGAUACGGAAAAGUCCUGAGAGAGGCAGGGGAAAGGUUGAUCUGCAGACGUAUCUGAAACAGUGGCAAAAUGAAAUACUGAAGAAAGAAGAAACCAUCAAGGACCUACCCAGAAUAAACCAGUCUCAGUUCAUCCAGUUCUCCAAAACCCUCUACAAUAUUUUCCACGGUGAUCCAGAGGAGGAGUCUCUGUACCGAGCCGUCGCCCACGUCACCAGCCUCCUCCUGAAGAUGGAGGAGGUGGGACGGAGGCUGCAGGACUCCAGCAGCCCGUCCGAGACCACCAAGCCCGCCAGCACCACUGCCGCCGAGGACUGCUCGACCAGCGAAGAGGCCUCCACGACCCCGGAGAGCUCAGAAGCCUCCAGCUCCCACAGCAGCCAGGAGGCGGCGCCCGACCCCACCCAAACAGAGUGGUCGUUUUCCUUUGAGCAGGUGCUGGCCUCUCUGCUCAACGAGCCCACCAUAGUCAGCUUCUUCGAAAGGCCCGUCAACAUUCAGAACAAACUAAGACAAACCCGGGUGGCCCAGCUCAAACUCAUGGCCAACAAGUGAACAAACAGAGGAGAUGCUUGGUUCUGACUCACAUCUGCAACUUAAAAUAAACUCUUCUCUUGGAUUGUUGUGAGGCAGAACGUCUGAUCGCUCUGAUGUAGCUGCAGAGGAGACGUAAUGAUGGCUGAUAAAACACUGCAAACAUUAUAUAACACUUUACUGACCAACACCUUCUCUGCUUCGAUUUUAAAUCUUAAAGCCGACCCGUCAGGCUGAGGGUUGAUACUAACAUCUUGUUAUGUAUUUGAAAUCUUUUCCUACUUAACCUUAUUCUGUCAUGUAGCCACACUUAGAUUUAAGGUGAAAUUUAAAGUUAAUUUUUUGGAUAUUUUGAGACGCAGUUCUGUAGAAAUGUUAAAUGAGUUAUAAUCUCACCUGUUGUAGGCAGCCGCUGUGAACGACCUCUGUUUGGAGAAACAGUUUAAUUCGUGACAAGCUAACAACUGUCUGAACGAGUUGAACACUUUAAUGGAUUGCUGCUCUCUUAAAACAGCUUCAGGCUAACGUUUUGGAACCGUUUGUGUGCAAGUUUAUCUCCAGUUGUAGGUGUGCCAUAAACAAAAAAUGAUUUUAGGAUUUAGGGCCUCAGACAAUAUUUUAUAAACCUUGAAUCAACCACAAAUUCAUUAAAUUAGUUUUAGCCUCUGAUGCUGUGACAGUUUGUUAAAAGUUGCGAGCAUCCUUACUGCCAUCCUUCUGGAAAACUUGUAUCAAAGGAGUGAUUUGACCUGUGUUUAUAUUCUUAAUCACAGUAAUACUUUCCUUAAACACUGGUCCCAGUUUUCUGAAUCCAUCUCUAUGCCUUUAAAAGAGACAUAAUGGCUGAAUUAAUGUGAUGUUUCCUGUUCGUGUUGCAGCUUCACUGCCUUCAGCUCAGGUCACACAGCUGAAUCAGACCUGCUCACAUGUGCUUGUCGUAACCCGUUUGCAUCACUAGCUUUAUGAUAUCCUGUGAAGUACCCCAGGCUGCACAGGAAGUGCUACAGCUAGCUGCUGACACUACUAUUUUCCCUUUUAAAUAAUAGUUAGUGAAUGAACUAAUAUGAGACUUUAGAUUUAAUCAGAUUUAAGAUGACACAAAACCCACUUCAAUCUUGUUGGUCAUUCUGAGAGUUAUCUACAACAGGUAAGAUGUUGUUUAACAACGUCACAGAACUCUGCUCCAAAAUGUCUAAAUAAUCUCUUUUAAAACCUAAAACUGUUGCAUCAUAUAAGACAGGUUUACUCUAUAAACCACAUGUUCAGUCUGACACUACAGGACUGUUUGAUGUAAAUUCUCAUUCAGUCUAUGAAGCUAUGCUUGUUUGUCCCGUGACUUCAGUGUCUUACGUUGUGACUUAGUCCUGAAACGUCAUUUCAGCGAUAAGCAACACCAGCUCAGUUAAAUGUAGGACAGGACAGGUGAGUUAAAGGACACAUCUCUGAAAGCCAUAAAGGGACCGAAGACGUCGCAUUUAUUCAGAGCAGGAGCUGAUGAAGAUGCAGUGGAACAUUUUGCAAUAAGCUGCAGGGAGAGUCUGGCUUCCAGCACAUCAGCCGGUCUCGUUUGUCCACCAGCAGGACGCACGGGUCACCUUGAGUCCUGUGAAGCUGGUGUUUGAUUGGCUGCCGCGUCCCGCUCAGCGCUGUGAGGUUUUCUUUGCAGGGUUCGGGUUAAUGACGUCAUAAGUAUCUGUUCUGUAGGAUGUUGUACGCUUUAGCUUUGUGUUUUAAAAAAAAAGGUUUUGCUUGUGAUUUGUGUAUUUAUGAGGCGUGUAUAAAUAUGAUGAGCUAGUGGACUGUUGUGGAAAAGUUCAACCUUUUAAAAACAUUUUGUUUCAUCGAAUCUCAGGGUGACAUUUCUGUAAACUGAAAGUGGAAAAAAGGGAUAUUUUUCAGCCUGAGACAAUUAUAUGACAGAAAUAUAUAAACCUGACAUCAUCUGUAAAGUUAAACACUCUGUAAAGAGCAUGUGUACCUUAGAGACGUGCUUUUGCUGCUUGCCACAGAGAGAGUUUAUUUAUUUUUUCUGUUUUCCUGUCUUACUGCUUCUGUCUCAGUGAGUCKUUUGCACAGUUGUUGGAGGUUGGCGAGUUGUAGACGCGCCUGUAUCUCAGCCCAGAUCUGAGAGGUGAGGGGAUCCAAAAGGUCACGACCGUUCCAGCUGCAGCUCGGCGUCUCUGGGGGCCAAAUGAAUAAAUUGAAAAAGCUUUACGGCGUCUCUGCUCGUCCCGAGGAGUUAGUGUUUUAUGUGCCUCUAAAGUCCAGCUUUGAUUCCCUGCUUUUAUCGUUUACUUUUUAUUUUGUGAUUGAAGGACCAGCUCGAGUUUAUUUUUAUUUGUUAUUUUGACCUUUAUUCUUCUUCUCAUUCAGUAUUUUUUAUCUUUUGUGUAAGAAAUAAAAACACUUCAAAAGUUUGACGUUUAGCCCUUCAAGUCCAAAGUUUAUUAAUAACUAAUUUAUGACUUGAACAGUUCUGCUGCAUGAGUUUUAAUUGAGUUUAAUAUCAUUGUGUUUGAUUGUAACUACAAUGAUGUUAACUCAGCUAAAACAACAUCUGAUCGUGUUUGACUCAUGGCUGUUUUCCUGCAGCUUCUCUUGAUUUUUCAGAUCGUAUUAAAAUGCAACUAUUACAGAAUUAUGCAUGGAUUAUAAGUUGUUGCAUGCUGCAGUCAGGUGUGUCUGAAAAAAUCUUUUUUUUUUUUUGGUCUUUGUUUAGGAAAAAUGACAAUGAUGAUCCAGAAUAAACAAAACUUUGAUGCAAAACAUUUCAUUCGUAACUUUUGUAAAAGUUAGUUUUUCCUCUUCGUAUGAAUAAAAAGGACAAAAGA